UAAGAUGUUGGAACAGAAAUACGGGGAAAUGAGGCCUGGUUGUGGGCUGGGCCAUGGGGUACGUUGACCUUCCGAAACUCUGUUCAGAUAGAUUCUAGUUAGACUGGCCCAUUGAUUGUUUAUUCCAUGGUACAAACAAUAUUACUAUGUGUGUUUCAGGGUGGGUGCAUGCGGGGGACGCUGCUGGCAUUGGAAAGGAUGGGCGUGAACAAGGGCGGUGAUGGGGGCAUUGUGGUCAACAUCUCCAGUGUUGCAGGUCUUAAGGCAACACCUCUGGGACCUGUCUACACCUCCACCAAGCAUGCUAUCGUUGGUCUCACCAGAAGCUUAGGGUCAGAGUUUCAUCUUAAGAUUAGUGGCGUGAAGGUUCAAAGUCUGUGUCCCAGCCUGGUGAAAACCGACCUUCUCGUCAACUCCUUGAAGAACGCUUUCUCCCCUGAGGUCGGUCAAGCCAUCACCAAACAAGCCAACUGUCUUCCGGUUAUAUCAGCUGAGAUGGUGGCAGAGGCCCUGGUAAAACUCCUAGAAGAAGGUCGUAAUGGAGCUUGUUUAAUGGUAGUAGCUGGCAAGGAACCCUUCUACGUGGACUCUCCCAUUUCUUCCUAGCUCCUGCUACCUUCUCUGCUACAACCGAUUCAAGCAUAUAUAUCUUUGUUAAACAUCCCAGUACUUGUUUGAGACCGGACCACGUGGGAAGGGGGAAGGGGCUGGUGAUGAUUACCAGCAUCAUUAUAGAUCAACCAGACAUCUUGACCUGAGUUAUCUCAAUUAACACUCUCUUGUGAUGGACAAUUUUAUAUUUUAUAAUAUUUUGUAAGUACUGGUGACUGAACCCAGGCAGUUGCAUAAGGAAGUACAAGGUAAUAUCAACUAGGCCACAGAGUGUACCUGUGGACUCGUGUGUGUCCACUGUGAUGGUCUGCUCAAUUCUUGACAUUAUUUCUCAUUCUCACAACAUUAAAUAUUUACACUUCAUUCUUAUGUAUAUUUAAAACCAUUUAUAGCAUAUCUGUAUUGUUCAUCACUGCAAUAUUUAUUAUACAUUUUGUAAACUUUAGAAUUUAGUAUAAACAUCAUUAUUAACAUUCUUAUUACAUUUGAAUUAUAUUUUCAUAAUUGUACUGUUGCACUUUAAGGUCCCUAAUAUUUUUAUAUAUUUUCAAAAAAUAAAUCCUUGUUAGUUAUUUAGUGUAAUAAUAUUUGAUACAGUGUACUCUUAAUUUUUAUCUGUGAAGCGUGUAAGCUUCAAAAAGUGGUCAUUUCUGAUAUCAAGUAAAUAAUAAGUGAGGGCACAUACACACACACACACACACAGAGCUAUGACUUGAGGCCAGGAGCUGUGUCUCAACCCCUGCAACCAUAAAUACAUGAGUACACAGUAGCAAUCAGUGAAGAGGCAGGGCCAGGAGCUAUGGGUCGACCCUUGCAACCACAAAUAGGUGAGUACACACACACACACACAGGAACUGAAAAAUCUGAAACAGCAUAAAGAAUUAAAGAACAAUUUGGGAAUGACAUCAGAGACUGCUACCUCAGUCACAAGCAAGAAGUCUGUAGGGAACAAAGGAGUGAAAAUGUAUGCAGGGGUCCUAUCAGACCAUUGCAGAGCCCGAUAUAAAGAGAGAAUCAUAUCAGGAGCAAUCGAGGGGGCUGUAGAAAAUGAAAGAACUAAGCUAUAUGCAGAGGCCCUAACAGACAACAGCAGAGCCCAGGGAAAGCUGAGAAGGGAAAAUGACAGGCCACUAGGCCCAAGGACAACAGUUAGUGAAGAAACUGAAGAAAGAAAAGCUGCAAUGGAGGAAACUUAGUCAAAUCAAGGGAUACAUAGGGAUAUGCAGUGAGAGAAUGAAAGGGAGAGGUCAGUCUUUGUUUAUGGGCUUCAGAAAGCUGAAGGGGAAACUUACAAAGCAAAAAGACAAGGGAAGAAAAAUGCGAUCGAAAGCAUCAUUAAAAGCAAUAGGAGAAGAUGACAUGACUCAGUUGGAAUAUUUUCGGAGAAUAGGGGGGUUUGCAAGAACGAGAACCCGGCCAGUCAAAAUAACUUUCAAGGCAGAAUCGACUUGCAACAGGAUCCUGCAGGAGAAAGCAAGACUAAAGGACAUGCUGGCAUACCAGAAGAUAUAUCUCGACCAUGACAGAACAUGAGAAGAAAGGCAGAAAUUGAAAGAGAUGGCACAAAGACAAAAGGAGGAAAAAGAGAUGAAGAUGGACAGGAGAGCCCAGACUCAGGAGGAAGAUCAAAUACAGCCUCCCUCACAACCAAAUAAAGAAGCCCCCAUCCAGGACAACCCCAGUGCAACCAAACAUUCUAACAUGCCAUAUCCAAUGUCCCCACCCCCUUACUAACUCCACCUUCACAGCAACCAUCCAUUGUUCCUUAUCAGGUCUCCCACUUCCCUAACCCCAAUGUGCCCCUCAGACCACAGUUUUAGAAAAGAAGUUGAAGGUUUGGUAUACAAAUGCAGAUGGAAUAACAAAUAAGUGCGAGGAGUGGCAUGAAAGAAUCAAGGAGACAUCCCCAGACAUAAUAGCACUCACAUAAAUGAAACUCGCCAGGAUGAUUACAGAUGCAAUCUUUCCACAUGGAUAUCAAAUCCCCAGGGAAGAUAGAGAGAGGAGAGGGGGAGGAGGAGGAGUUGCACUGCUCAUUUAAAACCAGAGGGGAUUUGAGGAAAUGAAUGAAAUGUGCAAAAGGGACUACUUAGUAGGAACAAUCCAGCCUGAGGGCCAUAAGGUGGUAAUUUCAGUAAUGCACAACCCUCCACAGAAUGGCAGUAGGCUAAGAGAAGAAUGUGACAAGAGCAACAGAGCAAUGGUUGACACACUAGCCGAGGUGGCCAGAAGAGAUCACAUGAGGGAAGCAAAGUUACUAAUUAUGGAGAUUAACUGGGAAAACCUGGAACCCCAUGGGGGUCCCAAAACAUGGAGAGCCAAAAUGAUGGAUGUGGUACUGGAAAACCUCAUGCAUUAACAUGUUAGAGACACUACCGGAGAGAGAGAUGAGGAUGAUCCAGCAAGACCUUGUAUUCACCUUGAGUAGUUCGGACAUCAAUGAUAUCAUGUAUGAAAGGCUCCUUGGAGCUGGUGAUUAUGUGGUUCUGUGCUUUGAUUACAAAGUUGAGCUACACAUGGAGAGAGCAGCAGGAAUAGGAUGGGAAAAACCAAACUACAAAAGGGAGACUACACAGGCAUGAGGAACUUUUUGCAAGACAUUCAGUGGGAGAGAGAACUGGCAGGAAAACCAGUAAAAGAAAUGAUGGACUAUAUGAUAACAAAAUGCAAGGAGGCAGAGGAGAGGUUUGUUCCCAAAGGAAACAGAAAUAAUGGGAAGACCAGAACAAGUCCUUGGUUCACCCAAAGGUGUAGGGAGUCAAAAACUAGGUGCACUAGAGAAUCGAAAAUGUACAAAGACAAAGGACCCAGGAAAAUAAAGCCGAGGAGCUAGAAACGAAUAUGCACAGAUAAGAAGGGAGGCUCAGUGAAUAUGAAAAUGAGACAGCAUCGAAAAUCAAGUCUGGCCCAGUCAAGGACCAGGUAAUCAGGCUGAGGAAGGAUGGUGGGGAAUUCACAAGAAACGACAAAGAGGUAUGUGAGGAGCUCAACAUGAGAUUUCAAGAAGUAUUUACAGUGGAAAGAGGUAGGACUCCAGGAAUUCAGAACAGGGAGGUACACCAACAAGUGCUGGAUGAGGUACACAUAACCAAGGAGGAGGUGAAGAAGCUGCUAUGUGAACUUGAUACCUCAAAGGUAGUGGGAGUAGACUACAUCUCUCUGUGGGUCCUUCGAGAGAGAGCAGAGAUGCUGUGUGUGCAAUUAACAAAAACUUUCAACAUAUCUAUUGAAACUGGGCAACUUCCUGGGGUAAGGAAGAUGGCAAAUGUAGUCCCAAUUUUUAAAAAACGAGACAGGCACGAAGCAUUAAACUACAGACCUGUUUCACUAAUGUGUAUAGUAUGCAAAGUCAUGGAGAAGAUCAUCAGAAGGAGAGUGGUGGAACACCUGGAAAGAAACAAGUGUAUAAUCGACAACCAGCAUGGUUUCAGGGAAGGAAAAUCCUGUGUCACAAACCUACUGGAGUUUUAUGACAAGGUGACAGAAGUAUGACAAGAGAGAGGGAUGGAUAGACUGCAUUUUCUUGGACUGCAAGAAGGCUUUUGACAGUUCCUCACAAGAGGUUAAUGCAAAAGCUAGAGGAUGAGGGCACAUAAUAGGAAAGGGAUUGAAAUUGAUCAGAGAAUAUCUGACAGGGAGGCAACAAUGAGUCAUGGUAUGUGACGAGGUGUCAGAGUGGGUACUUGUGGCAAGCAGGGUUCCACAGGGGUCAGUCCUAGGACCUGUGUUGUUUUUGGUAUGUGUGAAUGAUGUAAUGGAAGGGAUAGACUCAGAAGACUCCUUGUUUGCAGAUGAUGUGAAGUUAAUGAGGAGAAUCAAAUCAGUCAAGGAUCAGGCAGGACUACAAAGAGACCUGGACAGGCUACAUGCCUGAUCCAGCAACUGACUCCUGGAAUUUAACCCUGCCAAAUGCAAAGUCAUGAAGAUCGGGGAAGGGCAAAGAAGGCUGCAGACAGAGUAUAGUCUAGGUGCCAAAGACUGCAAACUUCACACAAGGAAAAAGAUCUUGUUGUGAGUAUAAUACUGAGCACAUUUCCCGAAGUGCACAUUAAUCAGAUAACUGCUGCAGCAUAUGGGCAUCUGGCAAACCUAAGGAUAGUGUUCUGAUACCUCGGUAAGGAACUGUUCAAGACUCUGUACAUUAUAUACAUCAGGCCAAUACUGGAGUAUGAAGCACCAGUUUGGAAUCCACAUCUGAUCAUGCACGUCAGGAAAUUAGAGACUAGUCCCAGAGCUAAGGGGAUUGUCCUACAAAGAAAGGUUGAGGGAAAUAGGCCUGACGGCACUGGAGGAUAGGAGGGUGAUGGGAGACAUGAUAAUGACAUAUAAAACACAGCACGGAAUAGACGGGGUGGACAAAGACAGGAUGUUCUAGAGAUGGGAGACAGAAACAAGAGGUCACAAUUGGAAGUUGAAGACUCAGAUGAGUCAAAGGGAUGUUAGGAAGUAUUUCUUCAGUCAUAGAGUUGUCAGGAAGUGGAAUAGCUUAGAAAGUGACGUAGUGGAGGCGGGAAAAAUACAUGGUUUUAAGAUGAGGUUUGAUAAUGCUCAUGGAGCAGGGAGAGAGAGGACCUAGUAGCAAUCAGUGAAGAGGUAGGGCCAGGAGCUAUGACUCAACCCCUGCAACCACAAAUGGGCGAGUACAAAUAGGUGAGUACACACACACACACACACACACACACAAAGCAUGUCUCCAGAAGCACUCAUCAACCAGAUAACUGCUGCAGCAUAUGGGCGCCUGGCAAACCUGAGAAUAGUGUUCCGAUACCUUAGUAGGGAAUCGUUCAAGACACUGUACACCGUGUAUGUCAGGCCCAUACUGGAGUAUGCAGCACCAGUUUGGAGCCCACACCGGGUCAAGCAUGUCAAGAUAUAAGAGAAAGUGAAAAGGUUUGCAACAAGACUAGUUCCAGAGCUAAGGGGAAUGUCCUAUGACGAAAGGUUAAAGGAAAUCGGCCUGAUGACACUGGAGGACAGGAGGGUUAUGUGAGACGUGAUAAUGACAUACAAAACACUGCAUAGAAUAGACAAGGUGGACAGACACAACAUGUUCCACAGAGGGGAUACAGAAACAAAGGGUCACACUUGGAAGCUGAAAACUCAGAUGAAUCAAAGGGAUGUUAGGAAGUAUUUCUUAGUCACUGAGUAGUCAGGAAGUGGAACAGUCUGGCGAGUGAUGUAGUGAAGGCAGGAAUAUACACAGCUUUAAGACGAGGUAUGAUAAUGCUCAUGGAGCAGGGAGAGAGAGGACCUAGCAGCAUUCAGUGAAGAGGUGGGGCCAGGAGCUGAGUUUCGACCCCUGCAACCACAAUUAGGUGAGUACACACACACCCAUAAACACCCACACACAUGCAUACACACAUACACACACACGGCCAGUGAAGAGGCAUGGUCAAGAGCUGUGACUCGACCCUUGAAACCACAAUUUGGUGAGGACACACAGACACACAUACACACUCACAUUCAUUCAUUCACUUCAAGAACGUUACCCAGUGCCACUCAAAAUUAAAAUUAGGCAGCUUCGUCUCUGGUUAAAUUAUCUUUUUGUACCUGCUAAAGCUUGAAUUGCCAAUGAAAGUGUAAUGAACUUGGUCAUUGUUCAAUAAUUACUCACAUGGAGACAGAAACUCAGAUGAACUGGUCUGCAUAUUUCUUCCCUAAGCUAAAGCAUAGGUAAGAGAAAAUAAUACAAUGUAUGUUUCAUGUUUGUCCUUAUUCUACAUGGUAGCUAGUUUGGUAAUUUUUUAUAAUAUAAUUUCCAUUAAUUACUGAAAUUUUCAAUAAACUAUUACUGAUCUCAGGUUUGGGACCUUAAGAGUAUUUUGUGUUUUCCCUAAAUAUAUGUACAGCCUCUCCUCACUUAGCGACUUACUCGUUUACCGACGACUCGGACUUAUGACAGGCUCUUUGAGCAGUAUGCACACCUAAACAAUGAAUAUUAGAGCUGAUUUCCUCAAUUCUGUUUAUUACAAUAUACAGCACACUGCUGAAUAAACAUUUAAAUAUAUACCAGAAAUGUUAUAAAUAAGUAUACAAGAUAUGAUGUAGGGCGAAAUGACAGUACGUAGUUUGUUGGAUUAUGUAUUGGUAGAUAAAAGACUGUCGAGUAGACUUCAGGAUGUACAUGUUUAUAGAGGGGCCACAGAUAUAUCAGAUCACUUUCUCGUUGUAGCUACACUGAGAGUAAAAGGUAGAUGGGAUACAAGGAGAAUAGAAGCAUCAGGGAAGAGAGAGGUGAAGGUUUAUAAACUAAAAGAGGAGGCAGUUAGGGUAAGAUAUAAACAGCUAUUGGAGGAUAGAUGGGCUAAUGAGAGCAUAGGCAAUGGGGUCGAAGAGGUAUGGGGUAGGUUUAAAAAUGUUAGUGUUAGAGCAGAAGUUUGUGGUUACAGGAAAGUGGGUGCAGGAGGGAAGAGGAGCGAUUGGUGGAAUGAUGAUGUAAAGAGAGUAGUAAGGGAGAAAAAGUUAGCAUAUGAGAAGCUUUUACAAAUUAGAAGUGAUGCAAGGAGAGAAGAGUAUAUGGAGAAAAAGAGAGAGGUUAAGAGAGUGGUGAAGCAAUGUAAAAAGAGAGCAAAUGAGAGAGUGGGUGAGGUGUUAUCAACAAAUUUUGUUGAAAAUAAGAAAAAGUUUUGGAGUGAGAUUAACAAGUUAAGGAAGCCUAGAGAAUAAAUGGAUUUGUCAGUUAAAAAUAGGAGAGGAGAGUUGUUAAAUGGAGAGUUAGAGGUAUUGAGAAGAUGGAGGGAAUAUUUUGAGGAAUUGUUAAAUGUUGAUGAAGAUAGGGAAGCUGUGAUUUCGUGUAUAGGGCAAAGGAGGAAUAAUAUCUUAUAGGAGUGAGGA